UAUAAUAAAGUGUUGGCGACGUGCAGUGAUGUGAUCUGUGCCGCACUGGUUGAACUCAUUGUGUGAAGUGGCUUUCCCAUGCACUAAUUCUUUAAUGUAUACCAUAUUUUUCUGCAAUUGCAUGUUUUCUGAGGCCUACAUUUCGAUCAUCUGCAGUCUUACAUAAAAAAAAAGUUUUUACCAGUGACAAAAGAGAAGAAAGCAAAACCAUUUUGUAGAUUUGCAUGAAGCCUUAUCUCUAUAAAAGAAAAUUGAUCUUGCUUUGUUUUGUUUGGAAUUGCAUCAAGAUACCAAUUCUUAAUGAGGCAAGGAUCAGAAGCAUCCUUGCUUGUAUCCUUUUCUGCAUUUCAGGUAUAUUUAUGAAAUCCAAGUCUAACCUUGUAAAUUGAUGUAGUGUUGUGUAAAGUUGAAAAAUAUAUGCAGUUUUUAACCCCUAGGUAAUAUCCUGAUUUAUGAUGUUAAAACUUAUAUAUAGUUCAUUAUUUAUCUUAAAUCAGUUUAACAUAUGUUAGUUCCCAAAAUAUUGUAGGUAUAAAGGCCGCAGUGAAAACAUGCAUUGUUAUUUUUGUAUUAAAAAGAAUGAAAAAUGGAAUUUAAAAAAAACCAUUCAAAAUUGCCCGAGAUAAAUCAUUGCCAUAAAAGAUGUACAUUUGCCUUGACCAUAUAGAACUCUAUGACUAUAUUAUUAGUGCACACACCAUUUAGUUAGUUAUUUUCUUUUCUGGAUAAUCUAUUUAUAGAGUAGUUUUAUAAUUUCUAUUUACAACUUAAGUAUUACAUCACUAAUUUAAAUGUGUAUUUAUGCAUUUACUGUAUCAUAUACCUACAUAUCUACCAACAGGUAAGAUAUAUGUGUAUAUUAUGUAGUCAUUUUACUUUUGUGCCUGCAUGUUUUGUGUUGUUUGUAAUUGCACAUUUCACAUCCUUGUGCUGGUGUUUAUAAAAUCUAAAUUUAAAGUGUAUUUAUAGCUAGAUAUUAGUACUUUAUACUGGUAAAUUUCAUUCCAAAGUAUCAAAAUGCACAGCAUAUGUUAAAAUACUUUUAUUUCAAGGAUGUUGUGAGAAAAUGUUAAGUAAAUUUAAUUUGAAGUCCAGAGUUCAAAAAUGUGUUUAAAAGAAUGAAAUGGGUAGUGUAGUUAAGAUUGAUUUAACAAUUUAGUAAUGUGACAAGGGGAACAUUAUUAUUUCAAUUUGUGCACUGCACCCACUCUUUAUUUGAAAAACAAAAGUAAAAUACCAUGUGUAUUUAAAAGAUGAUUUCAAGCAGAAUUUAACUACUUCAAAAUGCUCUUUAUUUUUCUGCAGAGUACAAAUGGUUAACAGGCCAUGGCAAACAACAUACCAAACAGACUAUGGCCAGACCAUGUAUACACCAGUUUCUGGUACAUAUUACCAGACACCUGGCGGGGCACAGGUGGCUGCGACAGGACUAGCCCAGGUUGGUACUGUACAAACUGUUCAGGGGCAGAUACUGCAACACCAGAGUGGCACCUACCUCAUACAAGGGGGAACCAUGGACGGAGAGGGCACGCCCUUGACUCACACAACCCGGGCCUCACCUGCUACUGUAAGUGCUGUUCAGUGGCUGAUUGACAAUUAUGAGACGGCAGAAGGUGUUAGUUUACCACGGAGUACACUAUAUAACCAUUAUUUAAGGCAUUGUCAGGAACAAAAUCUUGACCCAAUGAACCCAGCCUCAUUUGGGAAGCUCAUCAGAUCUGUAUUUUUAGGACUACGAACAAGGCGAUUGGGGACUCGGGGUAAUUCCAAAUACCAUUACUAUGGUAUCCGUAUUAAAGCCAAUUCUCCACUGAACCAGUUUACCGACGACCAAACCAUGGCAAUGAGGCAACAACCUAUGUAUCAGGGCAAAAAAUUUAAGAUGGAAGAUGGUGUGGAGGGAGGUCACCAUGCUCCUCCUGAUGCUGCCACUGCACAGCAGCAGCAACACCAACAGUUCCUUGGGGAUGCCUCUGGAGCCCUUCCUAACUUUGGAGACAUUGACACCUCAUCGCCUUUACCAGAGGGUGUCACUGUUGAUCAUGUACAUGCUUUUGACAAGAUGUAUACAGAGCAUGCAGAGGCUAUAGUUGAUGUGGUAGUUAACUUACAAUUUUCCCUGAUAGAAGCUUUGUGGCAAGGUUUCUGGAGGAAUCAACCAGCAGAUCAAUUAACAGCUGACAAUGACUAUGAAAAGCGUCUGCCAAAAGAAAAAUUAUAUGCAGUUAGUAAAUAUGGACCUGUACAAGAGUAUGUCAGAAAGGCUGACUACGCAUUCUACCAAGCUUUAGUUGAAGUGCUUAUUCCAGAUGUGCUUAGACCUAUACCAAGUUCCCUUACACAGGCUAUUAGAAAUUUUGCAAAGAGUUUAGAAAAUUGGCUUAAAGGAGCUAUGGUGGGAGUUCCAGAAGACAUGCUCAAGUGCAAGGUUGGUGCUGUGAGUGCAUUUGCUCAGACAUUACGUAGAUAUACGUCCCUAAAUCAUCUUGCUCAGGCGGCACGCGCAGUGCUCCAGAACACUUCACAAAUCAACCAGAUGCUCACAGAUCUAAACAGAGUAGACUUCGCUAAUGUGCAGGAGCAGGCAUCUUGGGUUUGUCAGUGUGAUGACAGUGUGGUACAGCAGCUCCAGGAGGACUUUAAGAAAACACUUGAGUGUCAGAAUUCCCUGGAGGACUGGGCCCAGUGGCUGGAGGAGGUUGUCAACCAAGUGUUAAAACCACAUGAAGGCAGCGACAACUUUCCAAAGGCUGCGAGACAAUUUUUGUUGAAAUGGUCAUUCUAUAGCUCAAUGGUGAUAAGAGAUUUGACUUUAAGAAGUGCUGCAAGUUUUGGUUCUUUCCAUCUGAUCCGACUCCUGUAUGACGAGUAUAUGUUUUACCUGGUGGAACACAAAGUUGCAGCAGCUACAGGAGAGACUCCCAUAGCUGUUAUGGGCGAAGUAAGACAGUUCAUAGACUUGAGUAGUGCUGUUAUGCUGAGUUCCCUUGAAUCUGAAAAGCCACUCCCUGUGAUCAAAACACCAGCAAGUAAUAUGGGUGUAGCAAAUACAGCUACAGCUCUAAUGAACAAAUCCACACACGAAACCUCAAGUGCCAACACAACUACACUCAUGGUUCUCAAUUCAGGGAACACACCCGGUCAAGGUGUAAAUGGAAACAUAAUAGUGACAGCAGCUCCAGGAACAAACCCAUCCACUGUUACAGUGCGCACCGCAGCAGGAACUCCCAUACAGGGUGCUAAGACAAUUGUAGUCAUGCCAGUCUCCAACUCAUUGGGUUCUGGGGAUUCACACUCACAGAAUGUGAAGCGGUUAAAAGUGGAGUAGUCUUGUGUGAUAUUUUAAUUUAGGAUAUCAAAGAAUCCUGGAGUGUUCAUAGGAAACUUUCUCGACAAGAAAAAUAAGCAAUGUCGUGUCAACUUUCUCGACGAGAAAAAUAAGCAAUGUCGUGUCAACAGAAUUAAUUUAGAUAACAUUUCCCCAUAACAAAUUACCAUGAGAAUGUUGCUGGACAUGUUUCACAGUUACAUUAUUUUAUGAAUCUUUGAUGAAUUUAUAUUCAUGUAAAUAUUUGCAAUUGUCUAUUCCCUCCUAAAUUAAUCUGUAUAAAUGGCUUGAAAUUAUGUACAUAGUUGUAAAAAACAAUGUUUAAUUUAAGAGUUUUAAAAUGACUUUUAUAAUUUGUACAUGAUUUCCCUGUAAAUGUCCUAGGUCUCUGUUCCCGUGAUAUAUUGUCUCCUCAUUCACCUGUUAAGGCCUGUGUGGUUUUUUUUUUUAUUGUUUGUUAUUUUUCCAACAUAAUAGGAUUUUAUCUUGGGUUUUAUUUGUUAUUCAGGUCAACAAGUAGUGUACUUUUUCCUUUUCAAUAUUUCUAUAUUUUUCUUCAGAUAUCUUCAUGGCUAAGGUUGAAUCCUUAUUUGCUUGCCAUUUGAAUGUUUAUUGCUUGUAGUUGCUAUAUAGACAAUAGAAUCGACACUAUUUCUUGUUUAAACAAUUCUCUGUUGGUUGUUAUUUAAAAUAUCUUGUUCCUCUAAGUGUCCACUAGGAAACCUAACCAACAAAGUCCCUCAUUCAUUCUAUGCAUCAAGCCAGUUGAAAGUUUUAAAAACUAGUGUACAGUUAACUGCAUGCAUGAAAUGUAUUUUGAUAGGUAGGUCAUAAGAUAGGUAGGUCAUAAAGUAAUUCUGGGUACAGUUUACUGUAUCAUUGGACUUAAGCUCCCAAAGAAUUAUUUACAAAGAUUUUAAUGUGUGAAGAACCAACAUGCUCCUUGAUAGAACAAGUACUUAUGGUAAACUUUACUGGUAACAAUAAAAACAAUGUAUGCAUCAUAUUUGAAUGAUGUGCAUGUAUUUUUAGCCCAAAGAAAAUGUCAGCAUGUCAAAAUAGGGAGCUACUCCUUAAUACCAGAAAUGAGUAUAUCUUUACAUUAUGUUUAAUUCUGUAAUAUUAAGCUAUCCCAGUUUUACAUGUAUAGCUACAUACCUCAUAUAGGCAUCAAUGUUUUAUGAAUUACUUCAGAUUUUUUUUUAUGGAAAAUUAUUGAAUAUUUUCCUGUACAUUUUCUCCUUUUGGAGCAACAUGAAUUUUAUCAAACUAGUAUACUUUACAUUACUUGGGGGGGGGAAUGUUCGGCAGUGCCAUACAGAUACAGUUUAGACACAAACAUGACAAGUUUUCUGUUCGUUUAUUGUAGUGUUUGUAAUAUGCUAAUAUAAUAGUCAACACCUGUUGUUUAAAGUACAAACUUAGUAUUACAUGUCAAGCUAGAGUGUUUUCCCAUGGUUUUCACCAUAUACUGACAUUUUAUUUAUUUGUAUUUAUUGGUAACUUUGAUGACUUUGCUACUUUCAUACCAGUUGUUGUUGAGAUUUUCUAAAUGUGUUCAUAUGUAAAAAAUCAACAUGUUGGAUCUACAGCAUGAAUAAAAUAGAGAAAAAAUUUAUUUUUGUGACACCAUUAAAUAAAUGAAAAGGUUAUUCAAGAAAUUAAGAAUCAAUAUAUGUACACAAAGAAUAAAGUUGUUGACUAUAGAGAA